ACCAAGUUCAGUCGCCAACUCUCUGCCUCCGAAUGCCAACUCUCCAUUGCCUGUGAGCUUGACACAAUGCUGCGAUGACUGACGCUCCACAAGUACCAGCCACCUGAAGGAGAAUUUCUGGCGCAGGCGACCAGUACGAAGAUCUCGAACGUCGCGCAGUGAAGCACGUGUCCAUCUUCCGCGGCGCUCCAUCGCAGCGGAUCAUUCAGGAACGAGCGACACCUGUGACGAAGAAGAGUCACAGAGUAAGGGGCCUUCCAUCAGGCAAUCCACGACUGUUCUGCACACUUUGCCAGCCCCGCAAACAAAUCAUGACCAAGAAGUCAAACGUCCACUUCCAGACUCGCGAACGUCGGAUGAGCAAGAGUAGUUCCGACAUGAACGGCGACGCACGCAGUUCGAGUCGCAGCAAUGGCGCAAAGAGCCCUACACGCGCCACGAACGGCAGCAUACACAAGCUUGACGAGAAGCACGAGCGGCCUGGAUUCGAUAGGACCGACACCAGCGCCAGCGGAUGGGCGACGGAGAAUGAGGAUGAUGAUACUGCUGCUGAGUUGAAGAAAGCCGAGGCGGAGAAGAAGAAGCAGAACUUCUGGACUCGCGCCCUCUGGACCUUCAUCAUGAUCGGCAUCUUCUUUGGCGCCAUGUUCGCCGGUCAUAUCUAUAUCAUCAUCAUUGUGACAGCCGUACAGAUCAUCUCGUUCAAGGAGGUGAUUGCGAUAUCGAACGUGCCUUCCCGAGCCAGGAGUCUGCGGUUCACCAAGACGCUAAACUGGUACUUCCUCGGCACGACCAUGUACUUCCUGUAUGGCGAAAGUGUGAUAUACUACUUCAAGCACAUCGUCUUGAUCGACCGGGUCUUGCUACCGUUUGCGACUCAUCAUCGGUUCAUCAGUUUUAUGCUAUAUGUUAUGGGCUUCGUCUUCUUCGUCGCCUCGUUGCAGAAGGGUCACUACAAGUUCCAGUUCACACAAUUCGCAUGGACUCAUAUGGCCCUCUACCUAAUCGUCGUGCAAGCGCACUUCAUCAUGAACAAUAUCUUCGAAGGCAUGAUCUGGUUCUUCCUGCCCGUCUCACUGGUCAUCACGAACGACAUCUUCGCUUACGUGUGCGGCAUCACCUUCGGGCGAACACAGCUUAUCAAGCUAAGCCCGAAGAAGACUGUCGAAGGCUUUGUCGGCGCCUGGAUCUGCACGAUCAUCCUCGGCUUCGCUCUCACCAACCUUCUCAUGAAGUACAAGUACUUCAUCUGCCCCGUCAACGACCUCGGCGCCAACAUCUUCACCGGGUUGGAAUGCGAACCGAAUCCCGUCUUUAUCCCGCGCACAUACCAGCUUCCAUUCGUUCCACACAACUGGACAUUCUUACCAACCAAGGUUACCGUCUCGCCCAUGCAGUUUCACAUCAUGAUCAUGAGCACGUUCGCCAGCUUGAUCGCACCCUUUGGCGGCUUCUUCGCUUCCGGCCUCAAGCGAACUUUCAACAUCAAGGACUUUGGCGACAGCAUACCCGGUCAUGGCGGCAUGACGGACCGCAUGGACUGUCAAUUCAUCAUGGGCUUCUUCGCGUUCAUGUACUACCAGUCGUUUAUCGCAGUGUACAAGGCGUCCGUAGGCAGCGUGAUCGAGACGGCUAUCACAGGCCUGACACCGGAAGAACAGAUGGAGGUCGUGAAAGGGCUAGCGAAGCACCUUUACAAUCAAGGACAGGUCAGCAUAAAGGUCCUUGAGUAUCUGGGCGAAAAUCUGCAGCUGCAUGCUCGGCGGAGAUGAAAGUGUUCAAGGAGUCUGUUGGCGUCGGAGACUGGCUUGCUUAGCGGUGCAUUGGGCAGGAACCUCAUGUGCAUGCGUGUGCAGAGACAUUGUAGGCAUUGUAGCAACAGCACGAUGCCAUUAAGAGCAUAUGCUUAUGCUACUCACCGCGUCCGCAAGUGCAUUUCCGCCGAUGCGCAUUAGAAACGCUGAUCGGCGGCUGACAAGUGCACAGAGUGCCCCACAUCACCCCGCCUUCAAUGCACGCGAGGAGUGUUGUGUGGAGUCGAGGGAGCUCGAGGCCCUCGAUAAACACGCUGCCGAUGUGCUGCCACUUAGCUCCGGC